CCUUUUUCAUAGGACACGGGGACUCAUAUCAUAUGAUCUUAUUCUACAACAAAGACAAAACAAUCCUCCAUUCUUUUCUUGCUCAAGCAGAAAUCUAUAAUGAAGCAAACAAUAAAGCACAUUACUCCUCACUACUUUGGAGAUUCAUUGCCCCACUUACCACUCAAAGUAUCUUUUCUCUCUCUCCUUAUACUAAUCCAUCCAUGGCUGCUUUUUUCUCCUUUAUUUCCAAUACCUCUUCAUUUCGUCAGGAUAAACAAUUUCGGAUUUUGCUUUUCACUGUGCUCGCCCUACAAUGGCGAGUUCCAGUGGUACUAAGGAUGAAUUUGGUGCGCCACAGACCUCCUUUUCCAGGCGGAUGACUCGAGCUUUAACCAUGGUUGAUCCUACCAAGGAUGAUAGUGUUCCUAUUGAUAGUGAGCUUGUUCCGUCUUCACUUUCUGUUAUUGCUCCUAUACUCAGGGUUGCUAAUGAAGUUGAAAGGGAAAACCCUAGGGUUGCUUAUUUAUGUCGUUUUCAUGCAUUUGAGAAGGCUCAUAAGAUGGACCCAACAUCUAGCGGGCGAGGUGUUCGUCAGUUCAAGACUUAUCUGUUGCAUAGACUUGAGAAGGAGGAGGCGGAAACUCGUCCAACUCUAGCUAAAAGUGAUCCAAAAGAAAUUCAAAAGUUCUACCAAAUUUUUUGUGAGAAGAACAUUAAAUUGGGUCAACACACAAAGACAUCGGAAGAAAUGGCCAAGAUUUAUCAGAUAGCGACUGUUCUGUAUGAUGUUUUGAGGACAGUGGUACCUUAUUCAAAAGUUGAUGAAGAGACAGAAAUGUAUGCCAAGGAAGUGGAAAGGAACAAAGAACAAUAUGAGCCUUAUAAUAUUAUUCCCCUGUUUGCUAUUGGAAUUAAACCACCAAUCAUGGAACUUCCUGAGAUAAAAGCUGCAAUUCGAGCUAUACGUAAUUUAGACAAUCUUCCUAUGCCUCAACUUACAUUGGCACCGAUGACCCAAGAUGAUAAUGUUAUUAUGCCAGAGUAUAGGGACAAAUCUAUCACUGACAUACUUGACUGGCUAACAUCCAUAUUUGGGUUUCAGAAAGGAAAUGUUGCAAAUCAGAGAGAGCAUUUGAUAUUGAUACUUGCAAAUAAGGAUGUAAGGAAUAGAAGGUCCGAGGAUUAUGAAGCGCUUGACCUUCAAACUAUAAGCCAACUCAAGGAAAAGAUUUUUAAAAAUUAUGAAAGAUGGUGUGAUUAUCUUCAUUGCAAACCAAACCUCAAGUUUCCUCCAGGUUUUGACCAACAACAAUUGGAGCUUUUGUACAUUGCACUUUAUCUUCUCAUCUGGGGCGAAGCAUCAAACCUUCGCUUUAUGCCUGAAUGCUUAUGCUACAUCUUUCAUAAUAUGGCUAGUGAAAUUCAUGGGAUAUUAUACAGCAACGUCCACCCAAUAGCAGGAGAGACGUACCAAAGCACAAGACUAGAUGACGAAUUAUUUUUAAAGAAAGUUAUAACUCCAAUAUAUGAUGUUGUGCGUAAGGAAGCAAGAAGAAAUAAAGGAGGCAAAGCUAGCCAUUCAUCUUGGAGAAAUUAUGAUGAUCUGAAUGAAUAUUUUUGGUCGCAGAAAUGUUUCAAGCUAGGGUGGCCAAUGGUUCCUACUGUAGACUUUUUUGUACAUACAAAUGUUGUGCAACCAGGCAAGAGGCACGAUCAAGUUGCUAUUGGUAAGAGGAAGCCAAAGACAAAUUUUGUCGAAAUGCGUACCUUUUGGCACCUUUUUAGAAGUUUUGAUCGUAUGUGGAUAUUUUUCAUACUUACUUUUCAGACAAUGGUAAUAGUUGCAUGGAGUCCUUCUGGUUCAAUAGCCUCAAUUUUUGAUGCGGAUGUAUUCGAGAAUGUUUUGAGCAUAUUCAUUACUGCUGCUUUCCUCAAUUUCUUGGGAGCAACACUGGAUAUAUUUCUCAGUUGGAAGGCCUGGGGAAGCUUAAAAUUUUCUCAAAUACUACGUUACCUCUUGAAGUUUGCUAUUGCCGCUAUGUGGGCAAUAGUGUUGCCUAUAGGUUAUACAAGCUAUGUGCAAAACCCAGCGGGAUUAGUGAACUUUCUCACCAGCUGGGCUGCAGAUCUAAGGAACCCUUCAUUUUUCAAGUUUUCCAUCGCCAUUUAUUUGGCUCCUAACGUUUUUGCUGCUUUGUUAUUCUUCUUUCCCCCGAUACGGAAAUACAUAGAACGUUCAAAUUCACGUAUCAUUAUGCUCAUCACGUGGUGGGCUCAGCCAAAGUUGUUCGUAGGAAGAGGCAUGCAUGAAGACACAUUUACUCUUUUAAAGUAUACACUAUUUUGGAUUUUGUUGCUUAUGUGUAAGCUGGCAUUCAGCUUCUAUGUUGAGAUCUUGCCGUUAGUUGAGCCAACAAAGUUAAUAUGGCGGAUGAAAGUUAAUAACUACGAAUGGCAUGAGUUCUUUCCUAAUGCAACACACAACUUUGGUGUUAUAAUCGCUAUUUGGGCUCCAAUUGUCCUUGUCUAUCUUAUGGACACACAAAUAUGGUAUGCCAUAUUUUCUACUAUUGUUGGUGGAAUCCUUGGAGCUUUCAGCCACUUGGGUGAGAUACGCACUCUUGGGAUGUUGCGCUCCAGAUUUGAGUCUGUGCCUAUAGCUUUCAGGAAACGUCUUGUUCCAAGAAAGAAAAGGGAAACUAAGCAGGGACCAAUGGACACUUUGGAAGCCCGAAAAAACAUUGCAAAGUUCUCUCAAGUAUGGAAUGAAUUCAUACAUUCUUUACGGCUUGAGGAUUUGAUAAGCCACAGGGAGAGGGACUUACUUCUUGUACCCUACACUUCAAGUAAGGUUUCAGUGGUCCAGUGGCCUCCUUUCCUUCUUGCUAGUAAGAUUCCAAUAGCAUUAGAUAUGGCUAAAGAUUUCAAGAAAAAAGAUGAUACUGAGUUAUUUAACAAGAUCAAAGAGGAUGACUACAUGUUUUCAGCAGUGAUUGAAUGCUAUGAAACUCUCAGGGAAAUUCUCUUGGAACUUUUGGAAGAUGAAUCUGACAAACACACAAUUAGACAAAUCUGCCAGAGAGUAGAAACUAGCAUACAACAACAUAAAUUUUUAACUGAGUUUCGUAUGAAUGGGCUGCCUUCGCUUCAUGUUAAGCUGGAGAAGUUCCUGAAAUUAUUGCUGAGCGACAGCGAUUAUGAUGAUGAAGACCUGUACAAGUCUCAUAUCGUUAAUGUUCUCCAGGAUAUUGCGGACAUCAUUGAUUACGAUGUCAUGGGUGAUGAAUUUGACGUCCGGAAGAGGGAUCAUCCAGAAUAUCAAAUUGAUGCUGAUGGCUUAAGAAGACAGAGGUUUGAAAAUAUACAUAUUUUGCUCUUACGUAACAAGUCGUGGAGAGAAAAGGUUGUUCGGCUACAUGUGCUUUUGAGCGAGAAGGAGUCUGCAAUAAAUGUACCUAUGAAUCUUGAAGCACGUCGUCGUAUGACAUUUUUUACUAACUCAUUGUUCAUGACUAUGCCAUAUGCUCCUUUUGUUCGUAAUAUGCUAUCUUUCAGUGUUUUGACCCCUUAUUACAAAGAAGAUGUUCUCUAUUCUUGGGACGAACUUCAUGAGGAAAAUGAAGAUGGAAUUUCAACCUUGUUCUAUCUGCAGAAGAUUUAUCCCGAUGAAUAUAGUAACUUCUGGGAAAGAAUAAAAGAUCCGAAACUAGGAUAUGCUAGCAAUGACACAAAGGAGUUGAUACGUCACUGGGUGUCCUAUAGAGGGCAGACACUUUCUAGAACAGUUAGGGGAAUGAUGUAUUAUCGUCAGGCUCUGGAUCUUCAGUGCUUUUUAGAAUAUGCAGAAGAUAAGGCUAUCUUUAGUGGCUACAGAACCAUUGAGAAAAGUGAAGCGCAUAAGAAGAUUUUUGAUUAUUCACAAGCUCUCACAGAUUUGAAGUUCACAUAUGUUGUCUCUUGUCAAGUCUAUGGUAGCCAGAAAAAGUCUAGUGAUGCUCGAGACCGAAGUUGUGCCAAUAACAUUCUGAAUCUCAUGCUAAAGUACCCAUCCUUGCGUGUUGCUUACAUAGAUGAAAGGGAGGAGAAAGUGAAUGACAAAAAUGAGAAGGUCUAUUACUCUGUUCUUGUCAAAGGUGGUGGCAAGUUGGAUGAGGAAAUAUAUCGAAUCAAGCUUCCUGGUCCACCAACAGAAAUUGGUGAAGGAAAGCCAGAGAACCAAAAUCAUGCCAUUAUUUUCACCCGUGGGGAGGCCUUACAAACAAUUGACAUGAACCAGGAUAAUUACUUUGAAGAAGCUUUCAAAAUGAGAAAUGUUUUGGAAGAGUUUCGAAAGUCACGUCGUAAGAGUAGGAAACCUUCAAUAUUGGGUUUGAGGGAGCAUAUAUUCACUGGAAGUGUUUCAUCUCUAGCAUGGUUUAUGUCCAAUCAGGAGACUAGCUUUGUAACCAUAGGUCAACGAGUCCUGGCCAACCCUUUGAGGGUACGUUUCCAUUAUGGCCAUCCAGAUAUUUUUGACAGACUAUUUCACAUAACUAGGGGAGGAAUUAGCAAAGCUUCAAAAAUUGUUAACUUGAGUGAGGAUAUAUUUUCGGGUUUUAACUCUACUUUACGCGAAGGUUACAUUACACACCAUGAGUAUAUUCAGGUAGGGAAAGGGCGUGAUGUUGGAAUGAAUCAAAUAUCACUUUUUGAAGCUAAAGUUGCCAAUGGAAAUGGUGAGCAAACACUUAGUCGUGAUGUAUAUCGACUUGGCCGACGAUUUGACUUCUAUAGGAUGCUUUCAUUUUACUACACCACUGUGGGCUUCUACUGUAGUAGCAUGGUCACUGUUCUGAUAGUUUAUGUCUUUUUGUAUGGACGGCUAUAUAUGGUAUUGAGUGGGUUAGAGAAGGCGAUCAUACAGAGUGCAACAAUAAAUCAGACCAAGGCCCUUGAACAAGCUCUAACACCACAAUGUAUGUUUCAAAUUGGUGUACUUUUAGUACUACCAAUGAUCAUGGAAAUUGGCUUGGAGCGAGGCUUUCGUACAGCAGUAGGUGACUUUAUAAUCAUGCAACUUCAGCUAGCUUCAGUAUUUUUUACUUUCCAGCUAGGAACAAAGGCACAUUAUUACGGAAGAACUAUUUUACAUGGAGGUUCUAAGUAUCGAGCAACAGGCCGUGGAUUUGUUGUCUUCCAUGCAAAAUUUGCAGACAAUUAUAGACGGUAUUCACGGAGUCAUUUUGUGAAGGCUCUGGAGCUUUUCAUUCUUUUGAUAGUUUAUGAAGCCUAUGGGAAUUCAUAUCGUAGCUCAAAUCUCUACCUAUUUGUUACAUGGUCCAUGUGGUUUCUUGUUGCUUCUUGGUUGUUUGCUCCUUUUGUCUUCAAUCCAUCAGGAUUUGACUGGCAAAAGACUGUAGAUGACUGGGCAGAUUGGAAAAGAUGGAUGGGAAAUCGCGGUGGGAUUGGCAUACAGCCAGAUAAAAGUUGGGAAUCUUGGUGGGAUGGUGAACAAGAACACCUGAAGUAUACAACUGUGAGGGGGCGAUUUUUGGAGAUAAUCCUAGCGUGUCGUUUCUUUCUUUAUCAAUAUGGGAUAGUUUACCAUCUUGAUCUAUCUCAUGGCAGUACAAGUUUCUUGGUUUAUGCACUUUCUUGGGUAGUUAUGGCUACUGUUCUUCUUGUCUUGAAGAUGGUCUCAAUGGGAAGGAGGAGAUUUGGUACAGAUUUUCAGCUGAUGUUUAGAAUUCUCAAAGGACUUCUAUUCCUCGGCUUUCUAUCUGUAAUGACUGUACUGUUUGUGGUAUGCAACCUCACCAUUGCUGAUGUAUUUGCUUCUAUCCUGGCUUUCCUGCCCACUGGGUGGGCUUUACUUCUAAUUGGACAAUCAUGCAGGGGCUUGUUGAAAGGUCUGAAAUUUUGGGAAUCAAUAAAAGAGCUUGCUAGAGCCUAUGAAUAUGUGAUGGGACUGACAAUAUUUAUGCCCAUUGCUGUAUUGUCGUGGUUCCCCUUCGUUUCUGAGUUCCAAACAAGGUUGCUGUUCAACCAAGCAUUCAGUAGAGGUCUACAAAUUUCAAUGAUUCUUGCUGGGAAGAAAGAUCGUAACCCAAAUACGCUAGGGUGAUCGACGUGAUUUAAUUCUUGUGGUCAUCCACAGAAGUUUUAUACUGUGAUGUAUCAUGAAUCGUCUAUUUUCCCUGCUGGUAGUUUAGCUACUUACUAUGGGAAAUGAACUUAAGCAAAUUUAGUGUAGUGAAAUUACAUACAGGAGAUGCUACAGCAAAUGAGAACUUGCUGUUCCAUCAAGGUUGGGAAUGUCUGUCAUCGGAGUUGAGAUUGGAUUGGACUUUAGAAAUAUUCCAUUGCUUAACUAGAUUGGAUAGAUAGAAUCUGUUUUACUUAGUUUUCUAUUUUUCAGUUUAUUGAUUUCAUUUUUACAUGCCCCAUUCUGUAUAUACUUUGGAGAGAUUUAAUACUUAGUUAAGUUUGUUAUGAAGUAUUUAACAUAAUAACAUUCAAUAUUUUUUUCUAAGCUAA